GACGCCAUGGAAAUGAGUCAGUCAAGCAUAACACAGAAUUUCACUAGCUGCCAAGCACUCUUGCCCAAAAAUUCAAUAAAGUCAGAAAUCAGUGAGGUGAUGGAGUGAUUGAGAAGCUGUUAGAAAAAUAUGGCAAUAAUAUUUUAGAAGGGAAAGAUGAGCAUGGAUGGACUCCUCUUCAUUAUGCAGCACACUUGAAUGAGUUCCAUUUGGUGAAUAAGUUUUUGUCUAAACACUCCUUAAUUUGUUGUAUUCAAGACAACAAAGGCAUGUCUCCCCUUCACAUUGCGGCCAAGAAUGAUUCUAUCAAAGCAUUACAAUCAUUAAAAAAUGGAUCGGGAUUAUAUAGGUACAAGAUGUUCGAGUUAUUGGACAAGAAAAAUUGAACGGCUCUACAUGUUGCUGUGAAGAGUAAACACACAUCUUUGGUAGAGAGAAUGCUUUCUUUUAAAGAAUGUAAUUACAUUAUCAAUUGGAAAGACAAAGAUGGAAAUACUUGCUUUCAUCUUGCUGCUCUUACUGGAAGUUCUAUAAUGGUAUCAGUAUUCUUCAAUUAUGGACAUUGUGGAGUACUAGAUAAAGUAAUUUUCAAUUAUGACAAUAGAAGACUACUAGAUAAUAAAGUAGUCUUCAAUUAUGACCAUCGUAGAGUACUAGAUAAAGCUGCAGUUAACAACGAGAAGAUGACGGCCAUUGAUAUCUAUUUUCGCCAAGUCGAAUUUCACAUUGUUGAUUUGAUAAGAGAUUUGCGUUGCUAUAAAACGAGUUUGGAAAGCGUACACGAUGUCAAUGGCGAUAAACCGAAAGAGAAAGAAGAAGAGAAAGAGAUGGUUGUUUCAUUUGAACAUAAACAACAACAAUGCAACAUUAAUAUUGGAGAAAGAGGAUUACAUUUCAGCAAUGAAAUUGUUAAUGUCAACUUAAUUGUAGCAACAAUCGUAGCAAGCAUCACAUUUGCGGCGGGUAUCCAAAUUCCCGGUGGAUUCAACGACGAGGGCAUGGCCAUCUUACAAGAACAAUCAUGGUUCAAAUUUUUCAUCACCUUUAACUCAUCUAGUUUCGGUUUAUCAUCAGCGUCGGUAUUGCUCACAUUUGUAUCAGUGCUCUACAAUACAACUGUUAAAAGACAAUUUCCGAAAUCAACAUCCCUCUAUUUCUUGCCCAUUGUCAUUUGCCUAACUAUUGGAUCCAUUGCUUCAUCAAUAGUGGCUUACAUGUUCUCUACAAGAGCCACAAUGCCAUUGGAGACCAAGUAUCCUCCAUGGAAAUUUGCUUUUUAUGCGUUUCUCUACCCCUUGCUCUACAUAUGUUAUUUUGUUCUCAAUGGGGUUAUAAUUAUAUACUAUAGAUUACGUAAUAGUGUAAGUAGUAUCAUUGUCAAUUUAAUAUCUUGAAUAUAUGGAUUGUCAUGUGGAACAAAUUUCAAUUCAUCAUCACUUUUACUUUUAACAAAUUAUUACGUGAAUUCCUUAAGAAUCUUGUGGUUCAAAAAAAACCUGAUUUAGUCGUAAGAAAGUGGUUGAAAGAGUUCGUGUUUCUUUAGGGUUGGAUGAUCUUUUUGCUAUUGAUUCUUGUGGCUGUAGUGGUGGUAUUGCGCUUUUGUGGCGUAAUGGUAGUUAUGUUAAUUUGCUUCGAUAUACUAGUAACUAUGUAUAUGUUGAGAUUGUUUUCUUGGAACAAGGUAUUUGGCGUCUCACUGGCUUUUAUGGGAGCCUAAUUCGCAAUUUAAAUUCUGUUUCUUGGGAUCAACUUCGGUCUCUUUUGCAAGCUUCGAGCCUUCCGUGGUGUGGGAUUGGAGACUUGAAUAAUAUUUUAUCUCAUGAGGAUAAAAAAGGGAGUCUUUCUUAUUCGAAUUAGAUUAAGAAAAUUUACAUGGUAUAUUAACUUUUGCUAUUUUUUUUACAAAAAUAUUGUCAGGCGGUAUUUUUUACUUUUUUACUGUGU